AUGGACACUGAGCUUAAUGACAAUGCCAGCAAAAUUGACAAAAGUGCCAGUGAAACUGACAAACCUGACAAUGGCAGCAAUAUCAAUAUGGAGGAACUGCAAGAGAAAGUCAUCACAAACAGGUCACCUUUCAAGCUAUCCCAUUUGGAUGCACUCUUAAACUAUCAGAGUAGAAAGAAGUACAAGCUCCCUGUACUCACUUCGACAUCUGUGACAAUCGAUUUGCCCAAAAACAAGUCUGUCUUGGCAUAUGUAAACAUGCCCUCAGAUCACUUGAAGCUACUUGCCACAAACCCUAUGAAAGCAAAGUCCAUAUUUGCUAUGCCUGAUCACUUUUGGUUUAGAGAUGUUGUUGAGUUUGCUGGUGGCUCUGCCAAUGCCUGUUUCUUGGUAGAGUCUUUUCAUACAAUAGGCAUCUCUGUUGUGUAUGCUCAAGGUUAUAAUGUUUUGCUCCCUGAAAACAAUUAUUUUGUUCACAUUGAAACUAAGCAUACCAGUAUGAGAGUCGAGAAAUUACUUCAGAUUGAUGCUUCUCCUAUCAAUAUUGACUUUUGCUUCAGUGUGCUCUCAGAGAUGAUUGACCCUGUACUUCCAGUUCACUGGCCCUUGCUCCUAGUCCCCUAUUUCCUGAAACAGUGUAUCUCUCAAGGUUCUGACAGCCUAAAUAACAAAAACUGUUUUUACAAGGUUAGGAUUGCUCCAAUAACACCCUUUACUGAUGAUAUGUCAGGAAGCCAGUUGAAGCAGUAUGAUUCUUACAAAAGUUGGUCUAUGAAGUGUGUAGCUCUUUCCUUUGAAGAGAGGUCUUUGAUGGAAAACAUCUACUUCCUAUUGGCAAUCCCAAAGAAAGAUAGUGCAAGUGGAAUGACAUUGCUCUCUGUAUUUGUCAAAGAUCUCAAGAUGCUUGAAAACAGACUGGUGAUGUUCUCAACUGAAGACAACAAAUAUAUCUUAGUCAUAGCACCACUCCUUUGGAUUGAGGCUGACACACCAUGUCAUUUUAAACUCUGUGAUUUAUGUGCCCCUACUUGUCUAACUGUAGAAAAAUUGAAGGAUGAGAUACACUGUAUGGGUAGUCAUGCUAGCAGAACCAAGGACAAUUAUCAGAUUGCUGCAUCUACCUCAGAUAGAAGUUCAACUAUAACAUAUGCUCCCUUAACUGGUAAAAAUUUUAAGGCAAGUGAACUAAGCUUCAGAUAUAGGGCAACAGACAUACUGUUAGAUCUGGAUUCGUCUGAUCUGUUGAUUGAUACACCUGUAGAAAUACUAUAUAACAUUCUUCUUAGUGUUGCAAAGUAUUUGGUGACCGAUUUGGUAAAGGUUGUUCUAAAGAGACACUCCAGUUUACUGAACAAGCUAAUAGACUCUUUGAAGGAAUAUAGGAAAUCUCAAGAUUUAUUACAAAACUUUACUAGACUCCUAAGACAUUGCAGCUCGUUCCUUGGAAGAGAAUUUAAGAUUCUUAUACAAAUCCUCCCCAUUGUCUUGGCUACCAAGUUUGUAAAUAAUAAUGAACUCUCUCUUAUAACCUCAUGUUUUGUCCAUCUUGGCUGUCUUUGUUCUCUGGUGUUUGUUAGAGCAUUUAAGUAUAAUUAUAAUUUUUACAUUACAAAAGUUAAAAAUACAGUUGCUAGCCUGAUCCAAAAACUGUAUUUUUAUGACAAGAAUUGUGGUAUCAAGAGUCAUAAGUCAUAUAUCUUGAAACCAAAAGUCAGCCAGAGAGAGCAUUAUGGUGAUAAUACUGCCGCAUUCUUUCACAAAAAUAUUGACAAUAACUUCCAGAAUAUCUUGUUUGGCAGAUUAAGAGACUUUACUGAUAAUAAUGAUAUUGACAAUAUUGCAGAUCUCUCACCUUGUAAUAAUACUUUUGGAGUAUUUGCACUCAAGAAGAGUAGAGACCAGCCAGUUCAUUAUAUUAUUGGAAAAAUCUUCUCUCUGAGAGUAGAGCACUACAGAGUUGAGAGUAGCGUCCAGAGUCAAGAGAACAAUUUUUUCCUGGCACAAAGGUUCUCUAAUAAUCUAACUACUCUACUUAAUCAAUUGACAAUGAUUUGCAAACUUGAUAUGCACAUUCAUUAUGACAACAAUCUUGUAAUUAAUCUCAACAAGCUCAGAUCAUAUUGGUUUUUUGCCUCCCAGGUGUACAAUAGGUGGUAUUAA